GCGGCCACCGCCCACCUGACGGUCGCCCUCCCAUCCAACGGGACCGUCAUCAAAGCCGACUACUGGGCCCAGUUCUGCGACGACACCGACUGCUCCCAGGGCUGCGGCGAGUCCGUGCAGGUGUCCAACCCGGGCUGCCUCAACGAAUCCGGCCGCCGGUCCAUCCUGUUCCAUGGUGGCGCCAACGGCGAUUACGCCCUGGUGGUCUCCCCCUCUGGGAACUGCCCUUGCCAGGAAAAUUGUGCGUCCGUCCCGACGGGCACUACCUGCUGGGAUAUUUCGCAGUAUGCUAGUUCGCAGUCGUUCCGCUUCAUUGGUGGAAGCUGCUCGGGGAAUAACUGCUAG